AUGCGCAACUACUGGCCACUGUUUCUGGCAUUGACCUGUAUAGCUGGCGCACAGAAUAGCAAUACAGUGCCGGAUGCUCAGAAACCAUCAAAGGCUGUAUCGCUAUCUACCAACCCUUCCGAAGAAGUGAUCCACGCGCAAGAUUAUGGGCAGACACCGGAUACAUGCAAGACCACCACCACGGUGUACGAUUAUGGGCGGCCUUCUACAUCUACGAUAAGAACCACAGUCACUGCGCCCAUGACCUGCCCAAGCCCACGCCCGAGCACAUCGAUCAGGACUGUAACGACCACCAUAACCCCUUCCAGAGGCUACGAAGUCCUUCCCCCGCCUAUUACAGUUACCGUCACAAAAACAACAAGUGUGACCAAUGGUGGCGGAUACGGCCCCCCUGCGAAAACUGUCACAGUUACUUCCGUCAAAUCUUGCUCUAUUCGCCCUCCUGUAACUAUUACAGAGACCAAAAAUUCUACAACAACAAAAACUGAAAAAGAAACUAUAACAAAGCCAGGUCUCAAUCUAACUGAGACUUCGACAUACACAUUCACAGAAUAUACUACUGGUCCAACUAUAACGGUGAAUAAGACUUUGACGGAGCUGACAACCACUACACUCAUUUCGACCUUCGUUUCACUCCUUCCAACGACUGAAAUUAGCUACACACCAACGACUGAGUAUACAACUAUACCAAUAACAACGACUGAUGUUGGUACCACAACUGAAACACUUGUUUCCACAACCACGAGCAUUUCAACAUCUAUAUACACCUCUCUCACCACCUUCUCCAUAACUCUCUUUGACACAGUAACCAUAACAUUACCUGGAACGACUUCUAUCAGCACUACAACGGUAGUCUCGCAAACAACCGCAACACUCACACUGACUGAGCUGAUUUCUGUAAUUGAAACAAUACCAGGGCCAACUGUAUCAGUACCAGGCCCUACACAGACCUCAGUUCAAACCAUUUCCGUGCCUGGAUCGACUGAGACUGUUAUCAGCAUUAAACCAACUACAACGACAGAAACCACUGGUACGACGGAGACUUCCUGGACCACCAGUAUAUCCACAUCUAUUUCAACGUUGACUACAACUGAAUUUGUUCCCACAACGAUAUCUCUUCCAGGUACAACUAGCAUAAGUACUCAAACUAUCGUCUCUGAGAUCUUGGUUACAUCCACAUUCACUGUGGAGAUCCCAGGACCGACCCAAGAAGUUACCGUACCAGGUCCAACUCAAGAGAUAACAGUUCCAGGUCCAACUGAGACAGUCGUAGAGACUUUGACAGAAGUUUCAACUCAGCUUAGCACCUUGACAUUGCCACCCCAAGUUGUUGUUACUACGAUAACGCUUCCCGGCAUCACGUCUACGGUAACGACUCAACUCCCUCCAACCACUACAAUUUCCAGGACUGUCUCAACUCUAACACUGCCACCAACUACUGUGACUUCCGUGUCAGUCUCGCCGCCCACAACCAUCACAGAUACAUACACACAACCGGGUCAGAUUACUACAUCUACCCUUACGCUUCCAGGGAGCCUCUCGACCGUCACUACACAACUUCCUGGGACUACACAGCUUUCCACUAUCACUUUACCUGGGAAAGUCGUGACCACGAUCAUCUCUACCAUAACUCAACCAGCUGUAACGUCGACUGUAGUGAGUGAGCUGCCUGGAAGUGUAACCACAAGCACACUACUCUCGACUUUGACUUUGCCGGCCUCUGUAAUAACAAGCACUGUAUUGCUUCCUGACUCGAGCUUGGUGUCAACUUUGACAUUGCCAGCUGAGACUACUGUCUCUACCAUCUUGGUCACGCAGUCAUUUGUCACUACUCUAACUCAACCAACCACUGUCACCGAGACGCUGACUCCCUCCCUCCCAUUAACCUCUUCAGCAUCUGUGUCUUGCUCCAGCGCAUGCCAAAUCGACGUGACGGCGCAGCGACUGGGCUACCCGGGAACUGUUGUCGUUUCGACUACAUCGCUGCCUGUUGUGACCCUCGACAUCUACACCAACGCCGCUGGAGAAGACGUAAGCUCUACACUCUAUACAAACGAGCUCCCACCGCCAAGUCAGACCAUAACCUGGGACUACUCUGGCGUACCUUUGACAUGGCCAACCGUAUACGCUGCUUAUGCAACGUUUAGCCGCAUCGAAGUCGAACCAAUCGGAUCAGCAUGCGUGAGCGAGACAUCAACUCUAGCACUACCAGUGCCUACAGUCUGGCCGCCUCUCAUCGUUGUAGAAAGCGAGAUCCCAGAGCCAAAAUCCUCAGUACCGCCUACAGUAGUCAACUACCUGAACACUCUCUCCACCGUCAUCCAACAGCUCGGCCAGCCCAUCGGAUCCAGUGCUUGCGACCCCAUUGUAGGGACCACCGCGGAUCCAGAGACUUCAACACGCGGCUCUACCACGUAUCUGUCCCGCGUCCCCGCUGCAACAACUAUAAUCCGGCGUCUACCAAUAGCCGAAAGCGCCGUGGUGACGGAGACAUCUGCAGCUCCAGCUAGCACAACCGCUGCACCGGCAUCUACUGCAUCUCCUACCAGCCCACCAUCACCACCACCUCCUCCACCAUCCAGUUCACGUACGCCUCUCACAUCUCCAUCUCCAUCUCCCGCACCACCCCACACUUCCACCACAACCCCCAGUCCCGCUCCUCCACCAACUCCAACUACCUUCCCCCCAUCACUCAGCAUCGCUGACUCCUCACUUCAAGGUCCCCCUCCACCCCCCUCGUCCGCAAAAUCAACAAGCCUACUCACCCCCGAAGAAGAACCUCGUCCUUCCUCGAUCCCACCCGUCAUUAUUUCCACCCCGCCUUCCACACGCUCAAGUACCACGACGACGUCUACCGAAGACGGUCCCUCGUUUUCCGCACAGUCUUCUGGUUUGCUGCCUGAGUUCACGGGUGGUGCUGCGGUGCCGACGGGUAAGAUUGCGGGGUUGUUGAUUGGAGCGGCGGGGGUGGGGUUGGGGUUGUUUUGA